GAGGGCGGGACCGCGCGGCGCCUGCUCCCCGCCCGCCCGCGCCCGGGCCGUCCUCGUCACGGCGCCGAGGGGCAGCCAUGCCCGGCCGCCUGCUGCGGGGCCUGUGGCAGCGAUGGCGCCGUUACAAGUACCGCUUCGUUCCUUGGAUCGCGCUGAACCUAAGCCACAACCCGAGGACCCUUCGAUAUGUUCCAGAGGAAUCCAAAGACAAAGUUCUCUCAGAUGAAGAUGUCCUAGGAACGUUACUGCAACUUUUCCAGGCUCUGUUCUUAAAUGAUUUCAGUAAACAGUCAGAUAUCUUGGCCGUGCUGCCCGAACCUGUUAAAUCAAAAUACCAAGACCUGUGGGCGGUUCAGCACCAAAGGGAAACACUGCUGGGGAACAGUCAGCCGCAGAACACCUUUAAGCCGGAAGAAGUUCUUUAUAAGACGCUGGGUUUCUGUGUGGUCCGAGCACCUAGCUCAGUGAUUUCUGCUGGAAAAGGUGUCUUCGUUGCCAAAGGAUUGGUACCCAAAGGCGCGGUUGUAUCUAUGUAUCCUGGCACAGUGUAUCAGAAGCAUGAACCAAUCUUUUUCCAGUCCAUUGGAAAUCCAUUUAUCUUUAGAUGCCUUGAUGGAGUACUCAUUGAUGGAAAUGACAAAGGAAUAUCAAAAGUCGUAUACAGAUCUUGCAGUGGCAGGGAUCGCCUUGGCCCUUUAAAAAUGAGUGACAGUACAUGGCUGACAGCAGAGACUGACAAUCCACUGGCUGUGGGGCAGUAUGUCAAUAACUGUUCGAAUGAGAGAGCAGCGAAUGUCUGUUACCAGGAGUUUGAUGUGCCUGCUGUGUUCCCUGUAGAACUGAAGCAGUACCUUCCAAACACUGCCUACAGCUACGACAGACACAGCCUCCUUCGCUGUGUUGUUCUCAUUGCACUCAGGGACAUCAAGCAAGGAGAAGAGCUUUUUUCAAACUAUUACACAAUUGUCAGCUAACUGUCAAUUAGACAUUAGAUUUUUCUAUCCAGUUAUUAAUUCUUACUGCUUUUUGCUGAUCACUUCUCCAAAUUCCACCUUUAGAACAAAUACCUUGAGACUUAAUUGGAACAAUUUUUUAUGUCUUGGUUAUGUUCUGAUUUCAUGAUAAAAGCUAUUGGCUUCACUGCAAUUUCAAAUCUGUAAUACAAUUAGCUUUCACUGGCUUUCACCUAAAUAUGCAAUAGCUUAUUAAAACCUACUACUUGAAUCUAUAA